AUGACUACCUAUUCUUUAAAAUUCUCAUUAUCACAAGCUGGUCUCGCCGCUCUUGCCUCUGCCCAGGAAAAAGUUUGUGUUGUCAAGUCUGUCAAUGGAACUGUAUCAAAUGUUGUUUGGUUAUCAAUUAAACCAUUCUUGGAAAAUUCUAUUGAAUUUAAUGAAGCGUAUGGACUUUAUGCUAGUAGCACUCAAAUCCAAAAGGGAGCCAAGAUUUCAAGAAUCAGUAAUGUUGCCUCUUGCUCCAAGGGUCAUCAAUACCCAUUCCUUGAUGCUGGUUAUUUUGGAUCUGCCAACAGUUCAACUGCCAAGGGAUACGGUAUUGUAAACCAUUAUGGUGAGGCAUUGACAUUUGGUCUCACCCAAACAGCCAUUGUCAAUGGAAAGUCUGUUGACAGUGAGUUGAAUGCCACCACCGUCCUCAACAACCAAAUGGCCGAUUACACACCUAUCGUCACUCUUUCCAUCUAUGUUGCAGCCUCUCUCAACAAUGGUAGUGUAUUUUCAGAGAUCUCUGGUGAACCACUCACGCUCACCUACACCUCUGAUACUGAAAAGAUCAUCCACUUUGAUGACACCCAAAAUAUAUUUUAUGGAGAUGAUAGUAUCGAUCAAGAAAAGGAUUGGUUCUCAACACUAAUACACAACGUAGAGGAGACUAUUUAUAUAAAUCUUAUCUUUAUUCAAUACAAAUAUGAUGGCAAUGCAUGGGGUGAUAAAAAGUAUAUAUCAGAACCAAACUAA